ACUCCUGGGCUGAAGCCACCUUCCUACCUCUGUCUCACGGAAGUAACUGACAGAUAGUACUGCUGGCUGUUAGAGUCUCCGGAGAGUUACAGGAGUUACAGGAGUUAGUAAACCUCAUUUAGUAAACCUGAGACUAGGCUCUGAGUGCUCACCUGCUGGACCUAGUAUUCAGACUUUCAAAAUGUAUUUAAUCAUCAUGGUUUAACUUUGUCCUCCAGGAUUGCUCCCAUCGGCCAAAAGUCAAAUGUAUGCAAACCCAGCAUUAUACAAAUGGACCGAAUUUGUUUUAAAAUGCCAACCCUGUUUUUAUUGAUUUAUUUUUUUCUGCAGGAAGAAAAAGAAAUCCCAGGUGGAUUUCCUGAGAGGUGGCCUUGUGGUUAAAUCUAGGGGCUUUGAUUCCCACUCUUCAGCCAGCCAGGGUGGGGUUUUGCAUAAUGUUAAUGGGGCCCUGGAUGGGAUGGCCAUCCGAGCCUAGGCACGGAGGGCUGGAAUUCCUCAUGUGCUGCACAGGCCGGCCGGGAGAGGGCGCCUGCAGCUCUGCACGCCUGGCGCUGGGGAGCGGGGCGACGAGAUCUCGCGAGAUCGUCCGGGCCGGAGGCGUUCCGGACCAAGCAUGGCGGACUCCGAGGUGCUGCUCAGGCGGGUUCCGAGCCGCUCCUCUUGGCAGCGGGCUCGCAAGGCCCGGUCCCACCUCCUCCUCAGCCGUCGGGGCCGUCGCCGGUUUGGGGUCCUGACCCGGGGCGAGCUGCGGCGCCUGCGACGGCGGCUGCUACGGGCCCAGGCUUUGGGCGGCGACUGGAAGCUAGGUGUCACCGCGGGCACGCACGUGGCGGAAAAAUGCAAGGUCCGGAGCCGCAGCGGGUCCACACCGGGCACCGGGUCCACGCCGAGCAACCUGCCCUCGCCCCGCAGCCAGCCCACGCCGCGCCGCCAACCCACACCGCGCCGCCAGCCCACGCCACGCCCGCAGUCCACGCCACGCCCGCAGUCCACGCCACGCCCACAGCGCGCGCACAACUUCCCACCCCUGCCAACGAACGUCACCCAAGCCGUGCGGGACCUAGGCUCCGGCCGAGUGUUGUUGGUGCUGCCCGCCGAGGAGGACUUUAUUUUUAGUGGGAUAUGCCGUGUGACUUGCAUCUAUGGUCAGUUGCAAGUCUUUGGCCAUAUCAUCAAACAAGGCCAGCCCGCCCAAGAUGUGUUUUCUGCCUACACCCAUUCUUUCCUGAGCAUCAGGGCGAUGCUGUACCCAGAACCCGAGAAAAGCGAAAAGGAGGUCAGAAAAGAGAUACGGGCUCUGCUCAAGCCGCACAUGAAACUGGAUGACAGACACUGGGUGAUACACUAUUUCUGUCCCCUGGCCUCCGUCGUGCUGCUGGAACAGCUGAAGUCCCCUGCCGUGGACUUCAUGAGCUCCUAUAAGUGUGCUUCUUACGUCUUCCGACAGGAGCAUUAUCCUGUGCGGGUUAACGCUGAGUUUAUAACUUUGAAAACAAUUGGCCUCAGAAGACAGCGGAAGAGGGCAGGCAUCUUCUUGAGUGACAGUGCCCAUUGUGCCCUGGAGGAGCUCGUCAGUGUGUCCUGUGUAGAUGGCUGCCCUGUCAUCCUGUUGUGUGGCGCCUGUGACGCGGGAAAGUCCACGUUCUGUAGAAUACUGAUUAACCAGUUACUGAACAGCCUCCCUGGGGUUGACUACCUGGAAUGUGAUCCCGGGCAGACGGAGUUCACGCCUCCUGGCUGCAUUGCUUUACUUAACAUUACAGAACCACUGCUGGGACCACCUUACACCCACCCGAGGAAGCCACAGAGGAUGGUGUAUUAUGGAAAGAUGACUUGUCAAAAUGACUAUGAGAAUUAUAUUGAGAUAGUGAAGUAUGUGUUCAGAGACUACAAGAGAGAGUCCCCACUUAUCAUCAACACGAUGGGCUGGGUGAAAGAUGAUGGACUGCUGCUGCUUGUUGACCUGAUCCGGCUGUUGUCUCCCAACUACGUCAUUCAGUUGUAUUCUCCCCGGGGUCCUACAAUGCCCUCUCUGACCUCAGAGUAUGUCGAGCUCACAGACGGCCUGUAUACAAAAAGCAAGAUCAGGAAACGUCGAGGGUUUGAAAUUGAAGAAUUUGGAGACAGUUUGGAUUUUACUGAAGAAGAGAAAGACUCCGGUCCAGUUCCGGUCUUCCCUGGACAUAAGCUGAUGCUUGUUUACACAGAAUUUCCGUGUAGUAAAAAUGAGAAAAAUAGGGCCAAAUACAAUAAAAUUUUUCGAGAUCUGGCGGUGUUGGGCUACCUUAGCCAGCUGAUGCCUCCUGUGCCAGGGCAGCUUAGUCCUUUGCACAGCCUGACGCCCUAUCAGGUCCCCUUCAAUGCAGUUGCUGUCCGGAUCACUCAUGCUGAUGUUGCCCCUGCCCACAUACUGUACGCCAUAAAUGCCAGCUGGGUUGGGCUUUGCAGGAUCCUGGAGGACAUGAAAGGAUACACUCGGGGUCCCAUCCUGCUUGCCCAGACCCCCAUAUGUGACUGUUUGGGCUUUGGCAUCUGCAGAGGCAUUGACAUGGAGCAGCGGAUGUACCACAUCAUCACCCCUCUGCCUCCAGAAGAGCUGAAAGCUGUGAAUUGUCUGCUGAUUGGUUCCAUUUCCAUUCCACACUGUAUUAUCAAGAACCAGCCUGGGCUUGAAGGGACAAUUCCUUAUACCACCACAGCUUAUAAUUUUAAACUUCCUGGAGCAUCGGAGAAAAUUGGAGAAAGAGAGUUUGAACAUGCUUCCGAAGGGUACAGAUUCUACAGGAGGAAAAAGUAAAGCCUCAGUAUAGACGGAGGCUUUCUGCCUGCAAACCUUGUCCUCGAGCUCAGAGUCAGCAGGUCGGUGGGGCUUUGUGACUGUGAACAGCGCCCUCGUGUCCAGUGUUCAUGAGACUGAACAGCGUGCUGCAGAGUAAAUAGCUCAAGAUUCCAUUUUUCGUUUUUCCUCUAAGACUUGGUCUCCAUCAUCCAAGUGUGGCAUUACCGUUCUGUGUCAGCACACACAGCUUUCAGGGUUUUCUCUGAAGCUAUUUGAUCUCAAACUUGGCCUGGACUGCUUUCCGACUGGCCUCUGGCUGAGUGAAGUGUUUCCUGACGGGCUGUAGAGCAGUCGUCACCAGACCAGAAGAGCACAACCCUCUCAGUUCACCAAGGACCUGACCAUUGCAGUCGAGAUAAAAUUGGGGAAUCCAGGACCACAAAAAUGUGCCAAGAAAUGGGCAGCAGGCUGACCCAGCAGUCCUAAGGCUCAGUGCGCAGGUGCCCGGGUCUGAGCAGGCUGGAUGGACACGAGUGGGAGAGGCUUACUUUGAGCCUCCUGGACCUUACCAGUUAGGUGAGGUGGACUCAAAUGCCUGGUCCUUGGAUGCCACGGAAUCUCCUAAUCGUGCAGUCAAGUGUUAGAGGGUUGGAUGUGCUCUGUUAGUUUCUCUGCCAUUAUAAUCAUGAGACUUCAUGUUGAAGAAGUUGCUCUGAUAUCCAGAAAGCCUCUAGAUGGUUCUGUAAGUCUGGGUGUGCUCUGAUUGACUCCUCUGUUGAGGCGGGACACGCUGCCACAGGUCCACCAACCUGUGAACAGACACCUUGUGCCUGACUUGGGCAAACCUUUGCUGCCAACGCUUUCUUCUAGGUACCUGGAGGCUACUACCAGUGCCAUUUUUUUCCUGAGUGUAUUUUGUAAUUAGAAGUGACUGGGUCAGGUCAUUUUUGUGGAUGAAAAAUAAUCAGGCCACUGAGGAACUUCUAGAGUUGUUGUGACUGACACAUCAGGAUUUCACCUUCUAGCAGGAUCAUGUUCAAAGACCAUUCCAGCCUGGGAAAGGAUUAAUAAUGUUUAUGUUCACACAUACCAUUGAUUAUCUCUGUCUUGUCUGGGACCAUACCACCCUGAGCGUGCCUGGUCUUGUCUGCUUCGACCCCAUCUUUGGCCUUGGCAUUUGAAAAACCCAUUAGGAAGCCGGGCAAGUGGUAGUGCAUGCCUUUAAUCCCAGCACUUGGGAGGCAAAGACCAGAGGAUCUCUGUGAGUUCAAGACCAGCCUGAUCUACAGAGUG